UGCGUGUAAUAAGUUACAACUCUUCCUCUCGUCUUCAUCCUCUCCUCCUCCUCUCUCCUCCUCCUCCAUCACUUGUCGAGGAGAAGAAAACCUCUGCAACACAUUUCACACACACACACAGCAUUCUGCGUGCAUAGUUGCUCCAGAAUCUCAAGUGAUUCGAGGGUUUGUUGUUAAUUAUCGGCUCAGAUCUCCUCCAAUCCUCAUCUGAACAAAGGAUGCUGACCAAGUUGACUUAGAAUCAAUCAUUUACCUCAACUUUGUUUCAAGCAACUUUCUUUCCUACCUCUAUGAGAAGAAAUUUGUGUCUUUUACUACAUCUACCUUGGUUUAUGACAUUCCUUCUUCUCUUUCUUUUCUCCAUCUACCAUGAUUCAUAUGGUUCCUUAAAUUGUUAUUGAAGCUGUUCUUGGGGUAAAAGAUAUCAUAUGUCAUGACUUUCUAGUACAUUAUGUCUUUGAGAGUUUUGCAAGCUCUGGAACCAUAUCCAAAGAUAAAUGACAUAUGGUUUCAUGAUUAUACUCGAGACACUUAGGUGAUGACAGAGAGAGCAAUGCAGCGGCCAGCAUUAAAACUUACCAUCAAGUUGAAGGGUGAGAAUACCGUUGAUAAUUCUUUGACCACCGAUGAUCACUUGAAUAAGGUGGAAGGAGAACCCAGUGCCUCAGAUAGUUCUAAUCUUCCCGGCAGCCUGGCGAUCAAUUCUCAGGAUAAAGUAGAUGUUAGUUCUGCAGGAGGGUUGGAAAACAAUCAUAGUGUGGAGGAUGACGAAAAUCCAUCUGAAAAUUCCCAAUAUCAAUUGGUGCUUUAUGAUCCUACAUCCAAUGGUGCUGGUGAAACUGAAACCAUUGUGGAUGCCGUUGCUCAUCAACCUCCACCCUUUUCAAGACGACAUCCCUCUUCAAAUCAGACACCAAGAGUUUUGCCAUCUGUAGGGGCCUUCACUGUUCAAUGUGCCAACUGUUUUAAAUGGAGGCUCAUUCCAACAAAGGAGAAGUAUGAGGAAAUACGAGAGCUUAUUAUGGAACAACCCUUCUUCUGUGAAACAGGUCGAGAAUGGCGGCCUGAUAUAUCAUGUCAUGAUCCACCUGAUAUAGUCCAAGAUGGCAGUAGGCUUUGGGCAAUCGACAAACCUAGCAUUGCUCGGCCCCCUCCUGGGUGGCAAAGACUUUUGAGAUUCAGAGGCGAAGGAGGCACCAAAUUUGCAGAUGUGUAUUAUGUUGCACCAUCAGGCAAGAGACUUCGUUCCAUGGUGGAAAUUCAAAAGUACCUUGACGAACACCCAGAGUACAUAGAAGAAGGCAUUAACUUGUCACAGUUCUCCUUCCAAAUCCCUAGACCUUUGAAAGAAAACUAUGUGAGAAAGCGUCCCCAUCGUGUCGCACCUGCAAAUGAUGCUGGUGAUCAUGGAACCCCUGGAUCCUUUGAUCCUUCAGAAGUUCGUCCGAUCACAUGGGUAAGCCCCGAUGUCGACACAGACUUGCAGCUGAGCGGGCCAGGGCUUUCGAUGAACCAUUCCGAGGAUCCAGGCUUGAAGCUUGAAACCCAAUCAACAAAAAGGAAAAGGACACCAUCCAAACGGAAGAGCAACGGCGACUUAGUUAAUAGCCAAAAUGAGGUCAAUUUGGAAGAGUCUCAUGAGCUUUGAUAUCUUGUUUAUACCGCCUGAAAUCCGAUGUACAAGCUCAUGUUCAACAAACUUUGCACCUGAGUACUUAUAUCCGGAAAGAAACUUAUGGUUUACAGGGAACUAUUUGCAGGUUUUGCAAUUUUUGUAGUGAAUAGUUGGGUGUAUGAUCAAUGUAUAUACAUGAAAUUAAUUUCAUGAAUACAUGUAUUGUAAAUAUUUUUUGUGAAAAUACAUUUGUUUGUGUUGUUUCAA